AUGCCCGCCGCAGUCGAGUCUGCCGCAUCCGCCAUCCUCAACCAUUCGGCGACCCCCUACAACUUCCGCUUCUCGCCCUUCCUCCGGCGAACAUACCAGGUCGGCCUACCCCCCGACCGUCCCAUCUGCAAGGCCUUCCAGUCUGGGCACUGCCCCAACGGCACGCGAUGCUCCGAGCGCCACGUCUCUGAUGCGAAGACGGCGCAGCCCACGGGCGGCCUCAACUCGCUCGUCUGCAAGCACUGGCUGCGCGGCCUGUGCAAGAAGGGCGAGCACUGCGAGUUCCUUCACGAGUAUAAUCUGCGCAAGAUGCCGGAAUGCAACUUCUUUAUGCGCAACGGAUAUUGCUCAAACGGCGACGAGUGCCUCUACCUUCACAUCGAUCCUCAGAGUCGGUUGCCGCCCUGUCCUCACUAUGACAUGGGGUUCUGCCCGCUGGGACCCAACUGCUCAAAGAAACACGUCCGCCGCAAGCUCUGUGCCUUUUACCUUGCCGGUUUCUGCCCCGAUGGCCCGGAUUGCAAGGAGGGCGCCCAUCCCAAGUGGUCCAAGAACCUGGAGAAGCCAACCCUUAAGUCGGAGGAGAAGAAGGACGAGGAUGUUCGAAUGGAGAUGCCACGAGAUGAGGAAAUGGACAGGCCACGCGAGCAGCAAAGAGAUAGAGACCGUGACCGAGAUCGGGAUCGGGACAGAGACAGGGAUGAUGGAGGCAGACACGGCGGUCGACACGGAAGAGGAGGUAAAUGGCGUGGCAGGGGACGCUUCCGUGGAAGAGGUCAUUGA